AUGAAUUAUUUUGCACCAACAAGUAAUUUGUUCGAAGUAAAACAAAAGUUAACUCUACGGCAAAUGAUUAUGGAGAUUUUGAAGAUAAUUAAAAUGACAUAUAGCAUGGUCAUCAGUUGGCCAAAAUUUAUAUUGGAUAAACUUGGAAUAGCAUUACCUCAUUGCUUCUCAAUACAUCCGGCAUUCUGUUCUCUUUGUGUAUGUGGUGCACUUAUUAGUAUUACAUGUUCUGCUGGUGUUGGUCUAGGUGUCGGACUUGGUGUCGGAUUGACUUGUCCGAAAUCUUUUGACGGCGUUGCGCAAAGCACAAACAUCAUCAAUAGUACAACUGCAGCUAAUAGUAGUAAUUCAACCAGUGGCUGA